UUCAUAUGCACAUUGAGAUUCUUCUGAGCAAUCACUCCCCAUGGAAAGAAACCUCAUCAAGCCUUGCGUUGGCGUAUGUUGAUUGCUUACAAUCCAUCAUUGCUUCCUGGACGUACAAGACAUUUUAGUUAUCACCUAACUGUAGUGAAUCAACUUUCGGAAAACCUAUCCCUUAUUCAAGGUAAUUCUUACCAACAUUCGCUCAUUAAUUGGUUCAUUUUCUUGAUUGGUAUUUGUGUGUUGUGUCAGUGGUUUAGAUCUGUCUUAAAAUUUAAAUAUUGAAUAACCAGUGGGUGAAAUGUUACAGAAGGACCGCACUGGUUUGAUUCGGAGACAAUGGAAUGGGGUUCUGUAUCCUUUCCUGGCUUUCCAUCACUUCGCAACAAAGAUGGUGGAACCCUAGUAAAUGAUGAAGUCAAGAUUCUUGCAGAGGUUGAUGUUCUUGAAUCUAUUGACAAGUUAUAUAUACCAAAGAAACUCGAGAAGACAACCAUACCUCAGAGUAAGAUAGAUGAAAAGUAUGCCGCAGUUUAUCGCGUGUUGCUGAAGGAACCUUCAGCAAUAAAGUCAAUGGAUUCCAAGUCAAUGGAUUCCAAGUUCUUCCUUCACAAGUAAGGAAUAUUUUAAUGGUGUAUGCUUCUUGUUAUUCUACAAAAGCACAUGAGCAUUUGUUUAUUUUACUCUAAUAUAAUGGUGUUAUUAUUUCAGAUAACUAAAGGAGGCUCUCUCAUAUGCUUUUUGUUUGGCUGUCUCCACUUGCAGGUAGAAACCGUGCGGAGUAUCUUUGAGAGACAUCCAAACAUUGCUGUAGGGUUCCAUUCAAAGAACCAACAUCUGAGGAAAGCAUGCAUGAACUCUCUUCUAUGCUUAAUUGAGACCAUGUGCCAAUCACUUCAGGAGCUCUCCAGUGAGGAUCUUGUGCAAGCAGACGUUGCACUGACGUAUCUGAAAGAUUCAGGAUUUAAGUUGGAUUGGUUGGAGAUGAAGCUGGACCAAGUUAAAGUGAAUAAGGAGAAAGAGAUGACUUGUUUGGCCAUCCUACAAGAAACAGAGGAAAAUUUACUAAACUUGAAGCAAAAGUGUUCAGAGGUGAAGGCAGAGUUGGCGGAGACCAAAACUCCUCUGUCAUUCGAUGAUGUUGUUUGAUGCCUUGAUGUCCUUAAAACAUUUUGCGUUAUGCUGUCUUAGUUUCCCCCCUUUGUUUCCAAAGCUAGAGAUCAUGUUGUCAUUGAGCAUGUCUUCCUUCUUAACAAGUGUGUGUACUUAUAUUAGUUAUUUCUAAUUAUAAACUAGUAUUUAAACAGAUUUUUUUUCUAAAAAAGAUAAAUUUCCAAAAGGUUUGAAGUUUUUAAAAAAAUGUAAAUAUCGAAUAAUGAAAUUAUGUAUGAACAUUUUCUUAAUAUUAUACUGUACAAGGCCAAUACAAAAACUAAACCAACCAAACCGGAGGAACCGAAAAAUAUAUGAAAUAAUCUAAACAAUUAAAACAGAAGUACAAAUUUGAAAUAACCUUGAGUUUUCUUUAAUAAUUACAAGUUUAUGCCACUGAUCUAAACCAUGUUUAACAUUUAAAUCAAAUCACCUAAAUUUAAUUUAAAUAGUUAACCAAACACAAUUAUUACGUCUUAUACCACCUUCUUUAACAACGUUAACAAACCACAUCAUUUCUAUUGUUUGGUCAACUGAAUUGCCUCCUUUUAAUAUGAUAUUUACAAUUGUCAUUAUUAUCAUUACGUGAGACAAUUCUAAUUCAUCACAAAUUGAAUUAUCUCAUUGCACUCGGAUUAAACAAUCCUCAAAUUUUCAAAAACCUGACAUGCCAUAUUCUUAAGAUUAUACACUGACAUGAAAACUAACAUGAAACUCUUGAUUAUGUAAAUACUUCAUAUAUUUAUACUUACAAUCAAAUGUCAUGUCGGUUUGCAUAUAUUACAUAUGUGGAAUAUGAAUCAUGUUCCCUGUAAAAUAUUUUCAAAAUAAAUUACAUACUGAAACAUAGUUUUGCCAUACUGUAUAUAGUUAGGGAUAUGACAUUUAAACUAAUUUAUUACCUUAACGUGAGCCAAAUUACUUCUAUCACAUUAACUAGAAUUAAAGAUGUCAAUCUUUGUAUUCGAGUAAGUUUUCCUAAUUCACAAUAUAUUGUAUACUUUUAAUUAUUAUAACCUCGAGUAUAGAAAAUGAAAAACAAGAAUAUCCUGUUAAUAGAUACUAUCACAGUAAACUAAAAUUAUGACAAUUUUCAUUCAAAAUAGAAUAGUUCCUUUUCUAAUACUAACAAAUGAAAGAAAAAUUUAAAUAGUGUUACAAAUAUAAGCUCUAAUAUUAAAUAUAUACAAUCGGGUAUUAAUGUUUUAAGAUACGUAUAAUCUUAAUACUAAACUUGAAAAUCACGCAAUUCAGAAUAAUUUAGUUGAGAUUUCCUUUUGAAUAUACCUACUCGCACAAUAUAUACCAUUCCUAAUUGCCUCAAACAAAUUUUAGCCAUUGGAGAAGUACUUAAGAUUCAUUCAACUUAAGAAUCUAGCAAGGGAAUUGAAGCACCAAUAUACACUGUAACGGAAGGAAACGAACCCCCAUUUUUUACUUGGUUCUUCACCUGGGACUCUUCCAAAUUUCCAGUAACUGUGACAUCUCUCUCUAUAAAUUUUCUCCAUGGAAUCUAACUUGUAUUAAAUAAUAAAACAGUUUCGCUCAGCUGUGUGGAAACUCUUUCUAGAAAAGCUCACAGUUCUGGCAAAUAAAGGAAAGCCGCUUCUAAAUGUAAAAGCCUUAGCUCAUUUUGUUGCAUUAUGCAAAAUCAAUUUCUGCACUUAUGUCUUAUAUGUUGUGUCUUUUUUGGCUCAAAGACCUAAGAGGAGAGUACUUGUGUAAAAUAAAACUAAAAGAAACCCUAAGAGGAGAGUACUUGUGUAAAAUAAAACUAAAAGAAACUAUCCUAUUUUAAAUAUCUCCAUGUAUGAAUCUGCAAAUAUCUUGAAACUCUUCAAAGUAAUACCCAUGACCAAGUUUCUUUUCUACAAAACUUAACUUCUCCUUUACGAAGUUCUGAUCUUGAAUCUGCAAAGUUCUUAGGUAUAUUCUUAAAGUCUGCAGUCAAGUUGUGUUCGUAACUUGUGUUAUAAUCUGUCUCUUUAAUAUUCUUAAUAGUUUAUAAUGAUCUAAAAUUUUCUUUGAAAAAGUUCGAUUGUGUUGACUCACAUAUGUAGGUUGAAUUCAACAAUUUAUGUCAUAAAUAUUUAAAAGAGUGAGGAAGAAACUCAAAAUGUUUUCGUUUAUACACAAAUAUAAUUUUUCUACUAUUACAAUGAUACAUCAUUUUACAUAGUAAAUCCGCUAAAAUUGAAUAUACGAUAGACAAAUUACAUGUGAACAUCAAGACUUUUGUUUUCUAAAUAUAUCCAAUUAUAAAAAUAAAAACAAAUACCAGUGCGGGCGCACGGGUCAAAACUCUAGUUUUAUUUAUUAAAAAGUGUAAAAGUUCUCAAAUUUAAAAUAAUGUAUCUUCCAAAAUGGAGUCAAAACUUGAAUAUAAAUUUGUACAAAUUAUAUAAUUGGAAAACCAACCGAACCGGUUAUGGGAGAAGUAAAUAAAACCCCAAAACUAAGUUUCUCCCAUUUCUUCUUAGUUCCUCAGUCAGCGCUCUGGACCUAAUUUCCAAGCAAAGCUGCUUCGAUUAGCAUCCGUUAGGUUUGUCGCCACUAUCGAAUUACGUUGCCUUCUUAGCAUCAUUAAACUGAUUGACAAACCCUAAAUCUAUGUUGUAGAAACUCUCUCUCUCUCUGUGGGUUUCUUGAUCCGCAGGUUACUAUGUCCCGGGAACACAAAAGGAUCAUGCUUCUUCUUCAGAGAGCAGCAGACAAGCUAAACCUGGCGGUUCACAACAUUGCAGAGUCUGAGAAAUAUUUCCUGGACAGUGCUGCUGAAUACGGCAACAAGGCAAGCAACCUUGAGUCGUCUGGAAGAGAUGUUUCAUGGUAUUUGCAAAUGAAGGAGCGGUGCCAAGAAGCUGCUAAAGAGUAUACAAAUACGCGUCAUGUUGCUCUUCGAGUGUUGGCUGAGUUGGAUAUUCUCAGAACGAGAGAGAUUGAAGCAAAUGAGGAAAAAGCUCUCACCCCCUCGCAAACCUUUAUGUUGUUUCUUUUAGGACUAACUUGCAUCUUCUCUGUCUUUGCUUUCUUUCUCCAAAAACUGAGAUAAACUAUAUAUGUGUUGAUGAAGACCAAAACUCCUCUGUCGUUCGAUGAUGUUGUUUGUUGUCUCCAGGUUCUUAGACAUUUUGUGUUCUGUUUGUUGUCUCCUAGGUUUCAUAACUAUUAUUGGUAAUGUAUGCACCUUUUUAAUACAUAUUUGUCUUUCAAGUACA